AUAUAUAUAUAUGUGUGUGUGUGUAUAUAUAUAAGCGCUAUAAGCCGAAGGUUAGAGCAGUAGCGCGGAGAGCGGGAACGAGAGAGGGCAGUAACGGUAGCGGGAAGCGGUGGGUUCGCGGCGGCGCCGCCAGGCGGCGCGUCGGUCGCGGCGGCGUGGUGAUGUGUCGCCCCGCGUGUCGGGGGCCGCUUCGGGUACGGCCACAUCACCGCCACCAGCCCACGGGAUGAAAGUGGUCGGCAGUGGCCGCGUGUAGGUCGCGCUCGCAGUCGCGCCGCUUACGAGGGAUACACGACGCCGUCAGGUCGGUGCGCCCUGGUGGAAGGUUAAGCUUUUACGGCUGACAUGCGACAUUGAUCCCCGGCGACGUCCUAGAGUGCGUAUGCAUGCUCGCUGAGAUAAGUCGAGCCCUUUGACUUGGUUGGCCAUUUAUUUUUCUCACUCUUACCUCUUAUCUGCCUAACCCCUGACGAGAUACUCGUCUCGAGGAGUUACAUCAUGACCACGCCGCAGGUGCAGAUGCACAGGGGGACCGUCAAGGAGGUAUUUUCAGGAGAUCAAGUUGUUGUUCGGGCUCGCCUGCAGGUCGGUGGCCCACCACCUGAAAAGCAUGUAAUUCUCUCCAACGUAAUAGCUCCUAAAUUAGCUCGCAAAGUCGCAGGGAGCUUGAACGAACAAAAGGAUGAACCGUAUGCUUGGGAAGCCAGGGAAUAUUUACGAAAGAAACUAAUCGGUCAACACGUGACAUUUACCUUGGAAAAGUCGACUAACAAUAACAAAUGGUACGGAGUUAUAUAUUUGCCAAAAGAUGGCAAUAACAAGGAGAACAUAACCGAGUCCCUGGUAUCGGAGGGAUUGGUCUCGGUGAAGAGGGAUGGCAUUAGGAACCCGAGUCCAGAGUUGAUAAAACUCCAGGAACUCGAAGAUGCCGCGAAAACUGCUGGGAAGGGGAAGUGGUCCAACUCCCCAGCAUCGAAUCACAUUCGCAGCAUCACCUGGACCAUCGAGAACCAUCAAGCACUUGUCGACAAACUGGGUCGAAAGCCUGUCAAAGCCAUCAUCGAGAGGGUCCUCGACGGGUCGACCGUUCGUGCUUUCCUGCUUCCAGAAUUCUACAACGUCACCCUUAUGAUAUCCGGAAUUCGAUGUCCGCAUCUAAAACGAGAAGGACAUUCUGACCCUUCGGAGCCCUACGCAGAGGAGGCUCAGUACUUUGUUGAGAUCCGACUCCUACAACGAGACGUCGAGAUCGUCCUGGAGUCCGUCAGCAACAACAACUUCAUCGGGAGCAUCAUUCAUCCAAAAGGGAACAUCGCGGAGGCGCUGCUUCACGAGGGAUUCGCGGAGUGCGUCCCUUGGUCGAUGAACCACGUCAGGUCGGGUGCCGAGAAGCUCUACCAGGCGCAGAAGUCCGCCCAGGAGAAGGGCCUGAGAAGGUGGAAGGACUACGUCCCCUCGAGUCCUCACGCCGACUUCAGCGGCACCGUCGUGGAAAUCGCGAGCGCCGAUUCCCUGAUCGUCAGGACGAACGCCGGCGAGACGAAGAAGGUCUUCCUGAGCAGCAUCCGGCCCCCACGGGAGAGGAAACCGGAGCCUGGAGAAGAUGGGAAGCCCGUUCCUCGACCUAAGGACUUCAGACCUCUCUACGACAUCCCCUGGAUGUUCGAAGCUCGGGAGUUCCUCCGGAAGAAGCUCAUCAGGAAGCCCGUCCGCGUGACCGUGGACUACAUCCAACCGGCAAGGGACAACUUCCCCGAGAAAUUGUGCUGCACCGUCACCUCGGGGAAAGUGAACAUCGCCGAGGCGAUGGUGUCGAAGGGCCUGGCGACGGUGGUGCGCUACCGUCAGAACGACGACCAGAGGUCCUCGCACUACAGCGAGCUCCUGGCAGCGGAGAACAAGGCCGAGAAGUCCCAGCAUGGAGUACACGCGAGGAAAGACGUGCCAACGCACCGGAUACCGGACCUCUCCCUAGACCCUGCCAAGGCGAAGAACCACCAGGCCGCCCUGAAGCGGGCCCGGGGCACCAAGGCCAUCGUCGAGUUCGUAAUGAGCGGUUCCAGGUUGAAGCUCUUCGUCCCGAAGGAGUCCUGCCUGAUCACCUUCCUCCUGGCCGGCGUGAAGGCGCCUCGCGGCCCUAGACCUGCACCAGGGGGCCAGGGUGCUCUCCUGGAGGGCGAGCCCUACGGGGAGGAGGCUCUCGCAUUCACCAGGGAGCACUGCUUGCAGCGCGACGUAGAGAUCCAGGUCGAGGGCAUGGACGCGAGGGGGGCGAACUUCAUCGGGUGGCUCUUUGUAGAUGGCGUUAACAUCUCCGUCGCCCUCGUGGAGGAGGGCUUGGCAGAGGUUCCUGGCUUCACAGAACAGGGGGAGUACUACAAGACCCUUAAGGCCGCCGAGGAGCGCGCCAGGGUCAGGAAGCUUAACAUUUGGAAGGACCGCGUCCCGGUCGAGCCGGAGGUCGAGAAGGUCGAGGAGGAGAGGCAGGUCGUCGAGAGGAAGAUCGACUACCAGGAGGUCGUCGUCUCGGAGAUCGGGGAGAACCUUCACUUCUAUGCCCAGAGCGUCGGCCAGCGGGGCAUGCUCGAGAGCCUGCAGUCCAGGUUGAGGCAGGAACUGGGGAACAAUCCUCCUCUUCCUGGGGCUUAUGUACCCAAACGCGGCGACCUCGCCGUCGCCAAGUUCGUCGACGACCAGUGGUACCGGGCCAAGGUCGAGAGGGUCGCCAAGAACAACGUCAGCGUCUUCUACGUAGACUAUGGCAACAGGGAGAUCGUCGACGCGGGCAGGGUCGCUGCUUUACCGACCGGGUUCGCCGCCGAUAAACCUUUUGCCAGUGAAUACGUCCUGGCGUGUGUUUCUCUUCACACGGAUAACGACGACAAGAAAUUGGCGACCGAGAUGUUGCAGCGGGAUGUCGAGGAUAGGACUCUCUUGCUGAACGUCGAGUACAAGGUUAACAAUAUCCCUGCGGCCACUCUCGUCGACGCGUCGACGAAAGAAGAUAUUGCCAAGGGUCUCGUUCUGGAUGGCUAUCUCAUCGUAGCACAUAUCCGGGACAGAAAGUUGGAGAAACUGGUGAAGGAGUACCAAGAGGCGGAAGAAGAUGCGAAAAAUAAUCAUCGCAACAUUUGGCGAUACGGCGACAUCAGAGAGGACACUGCUAAGGAAUUUGGCAUCGGUCCCUGAUGGACCCUAUCUUGUCAUCGGGGCCCUAUUUUAAUCAUAUUCUGUUUCCGCUACGAAUUAAUUUAGUAUACAAACACUCGGGACGAUUAUUUUAAUAAAGAAAUAUUCGUGCGCAAUGUUUAAGGGUCAACUUAAACGUUGGCGGGUUAAAUUAACGGAAUAUUCGGGAUAUUUUAUACGAGGGAUAGGAGGGAGCCAACGAUGAGAUAAAUCCUUGAGAGAAGAAUCACUAGGACCUUUGUACUCGAUUUUAGUAACUAGGAAUCACUUUUAAAGCCGAGGCAUGUCCUCUAUAAUUCUCUAAUUGUUGCGCUCGGAGUUUCUUUUUUUUUUUUUGGUUCCUUUUCGGUAUUAUUGUCGGUUAGUUUCAAAUCAUUGUGUUUAAGGAACUGGUCCUUUUUCCCCUAUGGGACUAGUUUCUUUUACGCGGAGGGAUUUGAUGGCUUUCUAGGGUUAUUUUCUCUAGACGUUUCAUUUGAUAGGAAAAGAGGGACGCUGCGAAGGUCUACUGGAGUUUAACAUCACUAAAUCGUGAGGAAAAUUGUAACAUUUGUCUGAGUAGUUGUACUGCCUUUUUGCAUUAUUCAGUUUAAACCGAACUGUUGUAAAUACACGUUAAAUAUUUGUUCUCUUAA